UGAGGCAACAAAUUUAAAGUACUCCAGAGAUCAUAUCCCAAAGGGCACAGAGAUGAUAGAAAAGAAGGCCCUCAUCCAUUCCAGUGGCAUUUGUCUUUGGGGUCAAGGAAGAGGAGUUUGUUGCCAUUGGCUGGGCAACUGCAGGUGUCUAGUGUUGCUCUGUUGCUUUCCAUUGUCAGAUAGCACCUGGUAAGAUCUGGAAUAAAAUUAAAUUUAGCCCAAUCUAACUUAAAGUUUGAAAAUCAAACAGGAGAUCUGAAAUUUGAAGAAAGCAUGAUUCAGUUAUUUGCAAAUCAGCAUGCAAGCCAAAUUUAUUCUAUUCAAGAAUCAAUCUAUUUUCUUGGAGAAAAAAAAGAUUUGUGCAUAGGCUAUAACGGGGAAACAGGUCCUUUUGAACUGAACCUUGCUUCAGCUGAGAAACUGCUUCAAAGAGGAAUAACAUUUACAGGUGAAAAAAGAAAUUACUCUUUGAAGAACAAAAUAUAAUGCAGAAUAAAUCGUCAUGUUCUUUAGCUAGUUUCUAGGUCAAAUGUCUCUUCAUAUUGUAUCAAAUGUGGUACUUUCCAGUUCAUGAUCCUAAAAGAAUGGAGAAAGGAAAUUACACACUGGUGACCCAAUUUUUUCUUUUGGGUUUCUCAGACCACCCAGAAGAUCUGCAGGUCAUUCUCUUUCUGAUAUUUCUUGUGAUCUACAUUAUGACUGUAGUGGGAAAUCUUGGAAUCAUCCUGUUAAUCAAGGUUGAAUCUCAUCUCCAUACCCCAAUGUACUUCUUCCUCAGCCAUCUAUCUUUUAUUGACAUUUGUUAUUCUUCAUCUAUAACACCCAAAUUGUUGAUGGGUACUGCCUCUGCAAUAAAAAGCAUUUCUUUGUUUGCCUGUGCUGUUCAGAUGUACCUGUUCAUCAUGUUUGUUGUUACUGAAUCUUUUCUCUUGGCUGCAAUGGCAUAUGACCGGUAUGUGGCCAUUUGUAAUCCUUUGUUGUACACUGUGAUUAUGUCCAGAAAUGUGUGCAUCUUUCUAGUGCUUAGUUCUUAUCUAUGGGGCAUUAUUUGUGCUCUAGUUCAUACAAUCUCUGCUUUUCGGCUAACAUUUUGUGGAAAUGUCAUCAACCACUUCUUUUGUGAUGUUGUACCAGUGUUAAUUCUUUCUUGUUCAGACACCCAGCUCAAUAAGACACUGCUUUUCAUUUUUGCCACCUUUGUGGAAAGUAGCACCAUCAUCAUUAUUCUCAUGUCCUACAUUUUAAUUAUUGUGUGUGUUUCAAGGAUUCACUCCAGCAAGGGAAAAUACAAGGCUUUCUCCACUUGUGCCUCUCACUUCACAGCGAUCUCAAUCUUCCAUGUGACAAUUCUCCUAAUAUAUUGCCAGCCUAAUGUAAGCCAUGGGAAGAAUUCAAACAGAAUUACCUCUGUAUUCUACACAAUGGUGAUCCCCAUGCUGAACCCUCUGAUUUAUAGUCUGAGGAACAAGGAAGUGAAAGGAGCUUUUCAAAAGCUGGUGAGGAAAAAACAUUUCUCCAUCAACUUGCUGAAUAGAUUUUCUCAUGUACUGCCAGGGUAAGCAAGUGAUAUACCAAAAUAAAGACAGACCCUUUAUCAACCAAGUGCUCAUAAAAAGUCCAUCCUUCGCGUUGACAGAGAAAAUGGAUUUCUCAGAAGGAAACCUAAAGGCAAUUCCAGCAUUCCUAUAUUUGUGGUUGUGUAACUUUGUAAUGUAUUUCUUGAAGACUAUUGGUAGAGAUAGUAUUACUUAAAGAAUAAAAAUCAGAAUGUCCCCCCCCCCAUGAUGGUCUCCUUUAUUAUAAAACUAUGGGUACAUAAGGUUCAUAUCCCUAAGAAAGCUUGAAAUGGCACACGAGUUCUUCCUGAAGAGAAAUCAUUGAUAAGGCAGGCAGGGGAAAUGUUUCCUGCAUACACUCUGACAUCUACUUGUUAAUAAGUAUUGAUGAGUUCCUUCUGAGUAACACCAGGAGGCAAAUGAAACACCUUUAAUAAUAAGUGGAGUUUGUCCCUGCUUGU